AUGCCGCCAGGUUUCUCAGCCGCCGUAGCGCAGCUGGAAACAUUUGUCCUGCCUGAAAGACUGUCGGGGUCACUUUCUGACAGGGCCAUGGCCAAGGCCAUGGUGCGAGCCUGGAGACGCCAUGGCAUUCUGCAAAUUGCCAUGUCGCCGUCACAGCAACAAAUAUAUGCCCAAGCCAAUGCCGCCAGUAGAGACUUUUUCAAGGCAACGCCGCUGCAGAAGCAAGCCUGCGUGAACGAAUGUAGUUAUGCGGGCUAUGUUGCCUCUGGAGAAGAAAUUACUGCGGGCAUUGCCGACUAUUCGGAGAUUUUCACCGUAACAAAAGACCUACACCCAGGGGACCCCAGAGUUUUGGAGAAGUGGCCAUGCCAUGGCCCGUGUCCCUGGUUAGACAAGCGUAUGAAGAGCCCCAUGCUCAACUACAUGGCAGACAUGGGGUCCAGUGGCGACAAGGUCCUCCAGCUAAUCGAGCUGGGGCUUGAUGUGCCGCAGGGAUCCUUGACCAAGUACACCGAUGACGGGUGGCACCACAUGCGAGUUCUCAGGUUCCCUGCGAGACACCGAACCAAUGGGAAAGGCAAGGCUGGUCGUGGCAUUGGAUCUCAUACAGACUAUGGUUUGCUAGUAAUAGCAGCUCAAGACGAGGUCGGGGGUAUGGAUACGGCUUCUCCGAGUCUGAUGAAGAAAGAGGCCCCGCUAACUACCAUCUCACCAGGUCUUUUUGUGCGACCUCCCCAGCAAGGCGAAUCGUUUGCCAACUGGAAGCAAAGUGUAGCUGGGAUGAAGGAAGAUGAGGAAGGUUGGUUGUAUGUGCCGCCGACUCCGGGCGUAUUCACUGCAUUCCCUGGGGACAUGAUGCAGUACAUGACCAACAGCUUUCUCCAGUCCACACCUCACAAGGUCGGUCUGAAUGUUCGAGAGCGCUUUGCGUUUGCCUAUUUCCACGAGCCGAACUUUCGGGCCAUGGUCAAACCACUGCCUGGAUUCAAUGGUUCCCAGGAGCCAGCUGAUGGUAUUCACUACGGAACACACUUCACAAAUAUGGCCCUGCGGAAUUACCCGACCCGCAUCACCACGACAAAGUUGCUAGAGGAAGGGCGUUACGAAAUGCUAAGCAAGGAAAAACUUCGAGACGAAAUGGUAUGA